AUGCGUUAUGGGAUUCAAUUAGCGACUACUCUCAAGGACGAAGACGGUGACGACGUGUUCAAAUACAUAUCCUGCGAUCUGUACAAGGAGAAAUGCUGUCCCAGAGAGGAGAGGCUUCGUGCAGUGGUAUAUUUGGGCUCCACAUACAAAAGCCGAGUGCAAGUGGAGGGUUUAUUGGAUAGUGUGCGCGUGAAGCCAAGAAUGGGCGCUGUUCGGUUACAUUAUUGGACCUGGGACGCCAUGGAGCUUUUGUCAAGGCAAGGCGCCAUCAAGCCACUAUUCGGUACUGCAGAGGACGUUUGGAAGCGUGGGGCUGCGUUCGCGGACACGACUGACGAACCCUCCAAGACGCGGAGUCCUACAGGCAGGCAAGAAAUCCCAACCUGCAACACAGACGGUGGGAAAUCCAGGAUGACGAUCGUGCCUUGUAUCUAG